CCUCUCUCAGUAACCCAAAUCCUUAAAACCGCUGCAAGUCCUCCUCGUUACUAUUUGAAACAGCGUUGAGUGAGCAGCUGGAAGCCGUCCUGAGCAGCGUUAUAUAUCCGACAUGAGGCUGGGACUCGCCGCUCUGCUGUGUUUCUUCAGCUUCGUGUGGCCGUCGGACUGCGCGCCUCCGACCUGCUACUCCAGAGCGGUCGGCCUGAGCAAAGAAGUCAUGGCUCUGCUGGAGAAAAUACACACAUACCCUCGCACGAAAACGUGCGCUGAGGUCCUACCUGUGAUCUUCAUUGAUGUGCAUAACUCGUGCAUCACAACCAAGCUCCGUGACUUUCUCUACGUGGUGCUUAACCAUCCUAACCCGUCCUGCAGAGAGCGUCCCAGAAUGGUGCUGCUGAAACGUAAAAUCCAGAACUUGUACUCCAUCAUCACCAGAAUUUGUUAUCGGGACAUGGUGUUUUUCAUAGAUGACUGUGAGGCUAUUGAUACUGGCCACAGUAGCCCUUACUUUGCAGAGGACAGGCUUCAGCUACUGCAAGAGGAGAGAUGAGCAACACACAGAGCAGAUGAUGGACGUUCAUUGGUGUCUUACAUUCAUAAAAACACAUCAGCAAUAUGUAGAACGGUGAAGCAUGCAGUAUACACACCACAGCUUGCACUGCAUUAGAUGCAUCGUAAGCAACACACACAGUGCUGUUUCAUGUCGUACCUAGUUGGCUCUGUGUUAGCUGCAGACUCAUGUUAGUGGACAUUUGUGGCUACAUUCCAGCCAGGAGUGUAGAACUUUCCACAGGAAAUUUGCUGAAUGCCAACCAUGCCGAAGAAAACCUUGAAAUAAUAAACCAAUAAGAGUUGCUUGUGAACCGGGCUUAACCGCUGCUUACUUACUAGGGCUGAUCAAAGCUUUGUGUGUCAUUAAGAGAAAUAUGUUGUGUUGCCAUAACCCUUGGUCUCACUGACACGUCUUAAAGGAGCACUGUACAGCAUUUUGUAAAACAUGGUGGUUAAGAAAUGUUAUGUAACUAAUAGAUGUACUAAGUGUUGCUUCCUCCUGUACUGAAUAUGAAAAUAAUAGAGCCAUCCCUGUCAUAGACAUAUUAGAAACAUGCCUGUUUUUAUGUAUACUUAAUGACAAUCUAUAUAUGUCUCACACAAUGUAAUAAAACUUUAUGUAUCAA